CUCCUGGUGAUCUUCGAAGAGUCCGUGUCAUGGAAUCGAUCUCCAUGAUGGGAAGCCCUAAGAGCCUUAGUGAAACUUUUCUGCCUAAUGGCAUAAAUGGUAUCAAAGAUGCACGGAAGGUCACUGUAGGUGUAAUUGGAAGCGGGGAUUUUGCCAAAUCCCUGACCAUUCGACUCAUUAGAUGUGGCUAUCAUGUGGUCAUAGGAAGCAGAAAUCCUAAGUUUGCUUCUGAAUUUUUCCCUCAUGUAGUAGAUGUCACUCAUCAUGAAGAUGCUCUAACAAAAACAAAUAUAAUAUUUGUUGCUAUACACAGAGAACAUUACACCUCCCUGUGGGACUUGAGACAUCUGCUUGUGGGUAAAAUCCUGAUUGAUGUUAGCAAUAACAUGAGGGUAAACCAAUACCCAGAAUCCAAUGCUGAAUAUUUGGCUUCAUUAUUCCCGGAUUCCUUGAUUGUCAAAGGAUUUAAUGUUGUCUCAGCUUGGGCACUUCAGUUAGGACCUAAAGAUGCCAGCCGGCAGGUUUAUAUAUGCAGCAACAAUAUUCAAGCUCGACAACAGGUUAUUGAACUUGCUCGUCAGUUGAAUUUCAUUCCCAUUGACUUGGGAUCAUUGUCAUCAGCCAGGGAGAUUGAAAAUUUACCCCUUCGACUCUUUACUCUCUGGAGAGGGCCAGUGGUAGUAGCCAUAAGCCUGGCCACAUUUUUCUUCCUUUAUUCCUUUGUCAGAGAUGUGAUACAUCCGUAUGCAAGAAACCAGCAGAGCGACUUUUACAAGAUUCCUAUUGAGAUUGUGAAUAAAACCUUGCCCAUAGUUGCCAUUACUUUGCUGUCCCUGGUAUACCUAGCAGGUCUCUUGGCAGCUGCGUAUCAGCUUUAUUAUGGCACCAAGUAUAGGCGAUUUCCACCUUGGUUGGAGACCUGGCUACAGUGUAGAAAACAGCUUGGAUUACUAAGUUUUUUCUUCGCUGCUGUCCAUGUUGCCUACAGCCUCUGCUUACCAAUGAGAAGGUCAGAGAGGUACUUGUUUCUCAACAUGGCUUAUCAGCAGGUUCAUGCAAAUAUUGAAAACUCUUGGAAUGAGGAAGAAGUUUGGAGAAUUGAAAUGUAUAUCUCCUUUGGAAUAAUGAGCCUUGGCUUACUUUCCCUGCUGGCAGUCACCUCUAUCCCUUCAGUGAGCAAUGCUUUAAACUGGAGGGAAUUCAGUUUUAUUCAGUCUACCCUUGGAUAUGUUGCUCUGCUCAUAAGUACUUUCCAUGUUUUAAUUUAUGGAUGGAAACGAGCUUUUGAAGAAGAAUACUAUAGGUUUUAUACACCACCAAACUUUGUUCUUGCUCUUGUUUUGCCUUCAAUUGUAAUUCUGGGUAAAAUCAUUUUACUCCUUCCAUGUAUAAGCCAAAAGCUAAAAAGAAUUAAGAAAGGCUGGGAAAAGAGCCAAUUUCUAGAAGAAGGUAUUGGAGGAGCAAUUCCUCAUCUCUCACCAGAGAGGGUUACAGUAAUGUGA